CGGGCGAGUUGGUGGGCGCGCGUGACGUGGGCGAAUUGCAGCAAAUGUACGUGAGGAGAGACCAGCACCGGCAGGGGGGUUGCACACAUUUAGGGGAUGGAGGAGGGGGCUGCAGGGAGGAAUAAGGAGUCAACAUCAUCAUCAUCAUCACAUCACAGCGGAAGUUCCAUAUAAGACUAGAUGGACGGCGCAAGGACACCUGGAACGUUAAGAGUCCCGUCAAGAGGUCUGGUGGCGUCCGGUGGGCUAAAUCCGCUUUAGGGAUGUAGUCGAAGCGGUCCCGGAGCUCAAUCCACCCGAGCUCGGCAUCAUGAAGAAACACUCGGCCAGGGUGGCCCCGCUGUCCGCCUGCAACAGUCCGGUGCUCACCCUCACCAAAGUGGAAGGGGAAGACCGGCCCAGGGAGCACGCGGUGCAUGGUGGACAAGAUGUGCAGGCGGCGGCGGGUGCGGCAGGACCGGAGGCGGCAUCCAGCAAGCGGAGGCUGCACUGUUGCAUCCGGAUAACGAUGGUGCAGGUGCGGAAGGCCCUGUGGGGAGUCGCCAUGGUGAUGUGCGUUUGCUCGUCAUGGGCAGGCUCCACCCAGCUGGCCAAGUUGACCUUUAAGCACUUUGACGCCCCUUUUACCCUCACUUGGUUCGCCACCACCUGGAACUGCCUCUUCUUCCCGCUCUACUACAUGGGCCACCUGUGCAAGAGUCCGGAGAGGCAAACGGCCAGACAGAGAUUAAGGGAGUGUUGUCGGUUUUUUGGGGAUGACGGGCUGAACCUCAAAGUGUUUUUCACCAAGGUGGCCCCAUUCGGUCUGCUGUGGAUCCUCACCAACUACUUGUACCUGCAGGCCCUCAGGAAGAUCAACACGACGGAUGCGUCUGCACUCUUCUGUUGUAACAAGGCCUUUGUCUUCCUGCUCUCCUGGAUUGUACUCCGAGAUCGCUUCAUGGGGGUCAGGAUAGUUGCUGCCAUCUUGGCCAUAGCGGGCAUCGUCAUGAUGACCUACGCUGAUGGCUUCCACAGCCACUCGGUCAUUGGCAUCACCCUGGUUGUUACUUCAGCGUCCAUGUCUGCGCUAUACAAGGUGCUCUUCAAGAUGGUUCUGGGCAGUGCCAAAUUCGGGGAGGCUGCACUCUUCCUGACCAUUGUUGGAGCCGCCAACUUUGUGUUCAUGAGCAUUGUGCCCGUCAUCCUAUAUUUCACUCGAGUAGAGUACGUUGGAUCAAUAGGUGACGUCCCCUGGGGGUACCUGUGUGGCGUCGCAGUCCUGCUUUUUGCUUUCAACAUCCUGGUCAACUUUGGUAUCGCUAUUACAUAUCCAACGUUAAUAUCGCUCGGCAUCGUCUUAAGUGUUCCCGUCAAUGCCAUGGUGGACCUCUACAUGUGUGAGAUCCAUUUCAACACGGUGCGACUCAUCGCCGUCUCCAUCAUUUGCCUGGGCUUCCUCAUGCUGCUCCUUCCAGAGGACUGGGACAAGUGCAUCAUCCAACUCAGCACCAGGCUACGCAAACGUGACGAGCCGGCAGAGGGCGGCGUGGAGGCGGCGGCCGCCACAGGGCUCAACUGGAGGGGCCGAGCCAGGACCUCCUUGUCCACAUUUGUACGCUGAAAGGGAAACGAGCCCCAUGUGAGCUUUUCGCUCUCCAUGGAACCGAACUCUGGUAUGUGAACAAGAAGAGAGCUGGUCAGGUGCAUGACAAAAUGUCAAUCAUUCCAUCGGUUCACCACAUCCUUAAUAACUUGCCUGAGGAAACAUAUUUUUGGGGAAGGCUUGCGCAAUAUGUGGACUUGCUGGAUUUAAAAGAAAACACUCAACAAUCCAAAGAAGAAAUGCCUCCAAAUGCCGAAUUCCUGCAAAUAAACGUGAGGUCCUUUGCGGCACCCCUCAGGUGUUACCAUGAUGGACACUUUGUACAUACAGCAGCUUGGAGUUCACGUCUGCUGACCUCGUGUGCCCAUACGGUGAUCUCAAGAUGCUUUUACUGCACCUCUCUUCAUCUUUGCACCGCUCUGAUUGGCACCCAGCUGUCAUGUGCUCUCCUUGGUUUAAAAUCAGGGGGACACCCGUCGCUGCAAUCAUGUAAAAAAAAAAACCAGGUGGGAAAAAAAAUAAAUACAAGUGCAUUGCAUGAUGAGCUUGGAUUACCAUAGAAUGAGAAUACUUUCAACGGUGGUUUAAGUACGAGAACCUCGAUUAACAAUUUAUAAAAGCAAAUAAAAGAAACACUUGGAUUUUUCCUUUGAACCACUGUGAACAGCAAACUUUUGAACUCAACACAUGCAGUUCAAAGUGUCACAUUAAGUUCACCCGCGCAAUCUAAUUAUACACAAUACAGAGUAGUAUUCAAAAAAGAUUGACAGUGGCAGUAAGGCAUUCAAUUAUAAAUAUGUUUAUUGUAUUUUGCAAACUGGAAUCUAGGUCUAAACGCCUGCUAACUGAGGUAAUAUGAACGCAUUAUAAUUAAAAUAGUUUAAUAAAUGCCUCUAGUCAAAAUUGAGCAAUAUUUUCCACAUAAUUAGUAUUAUUAUUUAGUAAUUCCUCAUAUGGUGGUUGCAGCGUUUCAUUACUCAACUGCAGAGAGUAGCGGGUAAGAAAAGUGGAGGAAAUGAUCUACUAUGGGAUCCGGCAGUGAAGCGAGGCUCUACUACAAACUUUUUUAAUGACGUGUUAUGAAAUGAGAUAAACACCUGAGCCUUGACAGAAGAGCCACAAGUGGGAACGUUGCCUUGUUGUGAAUGUAUUAACAUCACUACGUGCAAUAUGCUUUUUACUGUGCCACCAAGGACUUCUGUACACCUUCUUUUCUACAAGUACUCAUCCCUUGCUCCGACCCUUCCCCAGUGGUUUUGACCCCUACUUCACUGUUUUUCCAUUGUCAUUCUCUAUGACAAUAAACAAUGAUAUUCUAUUCCUCUGGAAUUAUCGCUAGACAUAAAUGUAAACCUUUGUAAGGAUUGAUUAUUUUAUACACUGAAACAUAGGAUUAUAACAAUUAAGGAGGUAAUAAAUGAUGGGGAAGGGGGGGUCUUAAAGUAUAAAGUAUAUUCACAUGUACCCCAUAAAAAACUAUUUCAAAUACAGACAUUGUCCAGCUUUGCUUUCUUCUUGACAAUUGUGUUUAAAUGUUUUAUGGACAUGUUUCAGUGAGAACUCUGCAAGUGUUUAUAUUUCUAAUCAAUACCGUUUUCUGUCCUAAAUUUUGGUUCCCUCCUUGUAGUCUACCAGCCGAGCUUUCUACAAGAUUUUAGUCUGUUUUCUAAGGGAAUUUAAGGUAAAUCAGUCUCUGUUGUUAGUGUUUGAUGGAGUUGAGGUCAGGUUUUCAGCAAACAUGACCCUGUUUUUUUUUACGUUCAUCCUGGAACUGUUCUCACAUGAUCCAUCCAUCCAUUUUCUACAACCUGUCCUAUUUGGGGUUGCGGGGAGUGCUGGGGAUUAUGAAGAAUUAAAAAAAAACUAAGGUGUCUUGUCCAACUCCUGAUUGGCUAAUUGACUGAUUGAAUUUUGGCCACUCCCUCAUGUGAUAAUAAUGUUUUCAAACAUGAUGUUCCACUGUAACUGUAAUCUGACCAAAAAUAAAAGUGGCUUUUGGUGCCAUUGUCAGAGCAGAGAAUGGUAGUUUGCUGCCCUCUUGCGACCUAGAGGGGACCUGCAGGCAGUCCACCCUCCUCCCCCCACAAGGUUGCUGCCACAUGGAGCAGGAUUUAAGGUCCUCUUC